UGCUCAGAUUUGGGUAACAGGAUACUAAAAGUAACGUAGCCAGUAAACGAGUAAACGAGGACGGGACAGGACUAUUCUCAAGUUCAUUUUUAUGCUAAAAAUCUUAUGAAUGUGUAUAGCAGCUCCGCAUUUACAAAUGUGCAGUUAGUUAACUAUGUUAUGCAUUUCAUGAAUCAAGUAUAUAAUUACGGCUCAGUUCAGCUCGCUAGUCUAGUCACGGGAGGAUCCCCAAACCAAACCCACCGCAACUCACUCCACACCGGGCUUGAGCGCUGCACGUAAGCUAGGAGAAUCUCCUCCAGUGCGGUGUAUAUUUUUGUGUGCUGCAGGGAAACAGCUGGCUAUCUAUGUACCUGGCAUCGCAAAAUUGGCUGGAUUUUUACUCAUAGGAUUUAUAAUAAUUACAACACUUUCAUUUUUCCUUUUUAAAUAGCUGGGUGCCAUUCGUGCCUGUUAAAUGGGGGUUAAGUGGCGGUAUGUUUUCGCUGCUGCCUGAUUUCCAUACUAGAAAAACAGGACCUGCGGUUGCUAUGGAGAAGCUGCGGCUGUCAGGCCGGGGUUAGGCCGCCUGAGCCUCGGACUGGAGUACUGAAGGCUCCUGAGAAAGGAGAGAGGAGUGGGGAACACCUACUGGAAUGAAAAGCCGUGGAAAUGGGACUGGAGUGACUCGCUGUCGAUGAGUAAUCGACAAUGGUUGUGGUCUGAACUAGGAAGGGGAACCAUUCCUUCAAGAAAAGUCCGUCGGCCCAAGGAGCGGACAGCCUCGUCUGGACUGAAGCUGUGAGGGGCUCGGGCAGAGCUUAAAAAUGCCCCCCAGACCGUCGUCAGGGGAACUAUGGGGCAUCCAUUUGAUGCCCCCGCGGAUUUUGGUGGACUGCCUUCUACCGAACGGCAUGAUCCUGACCCUGGAGUGCCUCCGUGAGGCUACGCUGAUCACCAUCAAACAUGAACUCUUCAAAGAGGCCAGGAAGUACCCGCUGCACCACCUGCUGCAGGAGGAGACCUCCUACAUCUUUGUGAGCGUGACCCAGGAGGCCGAGCGGGAGGAGUUCUAUGAUGAGACCAGGAGGCUCUGUGACCUGCGACUCUUUCAGCCUUUCCUGAAAGUCAUCGAGCCUGUGGGCAACCGAGAGGAGAAGAUCCUCAACCGCGAAAUCGGUUUCGCCAUUGGCAUGCCCGUGUGUGAGUUUGACCUGGUGAAGGACCCCGAGGUUCAGGACUUCAGGAGAAACAUUCUCAACGUCUGUAAGGACUCAGUGGACCUCCGCGAUGCCAGUGGGCCCCACAGCCGGGCUUUAUACGUUUACCCCCCCAACAUGGAGUCGACGCCGGACCUUCCGAAGCACAUCUACUGCAAACUAGACAAAGGUCAGAUAAUUGUGGUCAUCUGGGUCAUCGUCUCGCCCAACAAUGACAAGCAGAAGUACACGCUGAAGAUCAACCAUGACUGCGUGCCGGAGCAGGUGAUCGCCGAGGCCAUCCGGAAGAAGACGCGCAGCAUGCUGCUGUCGCCGGAGCAGCUGAAGAUGUGCGUGCAGGAGUACCAGGGAAAGUACAUCCUCAAAGUGUGCGGCUGCGACGAGUAUCUGCUGGAGAAGUGUCCCCUCAGCCAGUACAAGUAUGUGCGGAGCUGCAUCAUGCUCGGCCGCAUGCCCAACCUGAUGCUGAUGGCCAAGGAGAGCCUAUACUCCCAGCUGCCCAUGGACACCUUCACCAUGCCCUCCUACGCCCGCCGCAUCUCCACCGCUACGCCCUACAUGAACGGCGAGGCCUCCACCAAGUCCCUGUGGACCAUCAACGGCACGCUGCGCAUCCGCGUUCUGUGCGCCACCUACGUCAAUGUCAACAUCCGGGACAUCGAUAAGAUUUACGUUCGGACGGGGAUCUACCACGGAGGGGAGCAGAUGUGUGAUAAUGUGAACACUCAACGCGUCCCCUGCUCCAAUCCCAGGUGGAACGAGUGGCUGAACUACGACAUGUACAUUCCUGACAUCCCGCGAGCCGCGCGACUCUGUCUGUCCAUCUGCUCCGUCAAAGGGAGGAAAGGGGCGAAAGAGGAGCACUGUCCGCUGGCCUGGGGCAAUGUUAAUCUCUUUGACUACACGCAUACUCUGGUCUCAGGGAAAAUGGCGCUCAACCUGUGGCCUGUGCCCCACGGCCUGGAGGACCUGCUCAACCCCAUCGGGGUCACGGGCUCCAAUCCUAACAAGGAAACGCCCUGUUUGGAGCUGGAGUUUGAUUACUUCAGCAGCCCAGUGAAGUUUCCGGACAUGGCCACCAUAGAGGACCACGCUAACUGGAGCAUAUCCAGAGAACUGGGCUUCAACUACUGCCAUACUGGCUUGAGCAGCCGCCUGGCGCGAGACCACGCCCUGACGGACAGCGACAGUGAGCAGCUUCGCCUGGUCUGCAACAGAGACCCCCUGUCUGAGAUCACUGAGCAGGAGAAGGACUUCCUGUGGAGGCACAGACACUACUCUGUAAAUAUCCCAGAAAUCCUGCCUAAGAUCCUGCUGGCGGUCAAGUGGAACUCCAGAGAUGAAGUAGCCCAGAUGUACUGCCUUCUGAAGGACUGGCCGGCGAUAAAGCCUGAGCAGGCCAUGGAGCUGCUGGACUGUAACUACCCCGACCCCAUGAUCCGAGACUUCGCCGUUCGCUGCCUGGAGAAGUAUCUGACUGAUGACAAGCUGUCUCAGUACCUCAUUCAGCUGGUCCAGGUCCUAAAAUACGAGCAGUACCUGGACAACCCCCUGGUGCGAUUCCUACUGAAAAAGGCUUUGACCAAUCAGAGAAUAGGACAUUUCUUCUUCUGGCACUUGAAGUCCGAAAUGCACAAUAAGACGGUGAGCCAGCGCUUCGGCCUGCUGCUGGAGUCGUACUGCCGAGCCUGCGGAAUGUACCUGAAGCACCUGAGCAGGCAGGUGGAGGCCAUGGAGAAGCUCAUCAACCUGACCGACAUCCUGAAGCAGGAGAAGAAAGACGAGACGCAGAAGGUACAGAUGAAGUUCCUGGUGGAGCAGAUGAGGAGGCCGGACUAUAUGGACGCCCUGCAGAACUUCACCUCCCCCCUCAACCCCGCACACCAGCUGGGCAACCUACGCCUGGAAGAAUGCCGGAUCAUGUCCUCCGCCAAGCGGCCGCUGUGGCUGAACUGGGAGAACCCCGACAUCAUGUCCGAGCUGCUCUUCCAGAACAACGAGAUCAUCUUCAAGAACGGAGACGAUCUGCGGCAGGACAUGCUGACCCUUCAGAUCAUCCGAAUCAUGGAGAACAUCUGGCAGAACCAGGGCCUGGACCUCCGGAUGCUCCCGUACGGCUGUCUGUCCAUCGGGGACUGUGUGGGGCUCAUCGAGGUGGUGCGGAACUCUCACACCAUCAUGCAGAUUCAGUGCAAAGGAGGCCUGAAGGGGGCGCUGCAGUUCAACAGCCACACCCUCCACCAGUGGCUCAAAGACAAGAACAAGGGAGAGAUGUAUGAUCCUGCAGUGGAUCUGUUCACGCGCUCCUGUGCUGGGUACUGUGUAGCCACCUUCAUCCUGGGGAUCGGCGACCGGCACAACAGCAACAUCAUGGUGAAGGAUGAUGGACAGCUCUUCCACAUUGAUUUUGGCCAUUUCCUGGAUCACAAGAAGAAGAAAUUUGGCUAUAAGCGAGAGCGGGUUCCCUUUGUUUUAACACAGGACUUCUUAAUUGUGAUCAGCAAGGGAACGCAGGAGUGCACCAAGACUAGGGAGUUUGAGAGGUUUCAGGAGAUGUGCUACAAGGCCUACCUCGCCAUCCGCCAACACGCCAACCUCUUCAUCAACCUGUUCUCCAUGAUGCUGGGGUCCGGGAUGCCCGAGCUGCAGUCCUUCGACGACAUCGCAUACAUCCGCAAGACGCUGGCGCUGGACAAGACGGAGCAGGAGGCGCUCGACUACUUCAUGAAGCAGAUGAACGACGCUCACCACGGGGGCUGGACCACCAAGAUGGACUGGAUCUUCCACACCAUCCGCCAGCACGCGCUGAACUGAGCAUGCUUGGCCACGCCCCCCAGCGAGCGCUAGGCCACGCCCUCCAGCGAGCGCUCGGCCACGCCCUCCAGCGAGCGCUUGGCCACACCCUCCACCGAGUGCUCAGCCACGCCCCUGAGUGCUUGGCCACACCCUCCAGCGAGCACUUGGCCAUGCCCUCCAUCAGGCGCUCAGCCACGCCCUCCCCUGAGUGCUUGGCCACGCCCUCUAGCGAGCGCUCGCCCACACCCUCCCCUGAGCGCUGAGCGACGCAGUUGGGCGGAAGCCUGGCGGCGGAGGCGAUUGGCUGAUCCCAGGUGGGCUCCGCCCUGUCCACAGACACGCCUUCGUUACGGCCUUCUUACCUCUCUGAUUGGCAGGAGUUUGGGUGGGGUGAUCGUCUUCCUCUGACGCCUUCAGAUAUGCACAGACACUCAAGCAGCUCACCCGUCUGUUCCUCUCGCUUUUCACUCGUUUGUCAUCAUAACACAACUCCAGUUAUCUGAGUGGGGCUUCUGGGAGGCUGUUGCUACGGCAAUGUGGGGGGUCCGGUGCAGUGUUGCAGCACGUGGGUGACAUCUAGUGCUGCUCACUGGUAUUGCAGAAGUGUGGAAGUGCACCCUGUUUAUGAAGCUCUAGCAGAGGAGUGCUCGGGGAAACAGGGAGACUUUCAGUGCGGAAUGUUUAGGUUCUGUGAGGCUGAGCUGUGGAGUCCUUGCCUGUGUGUGUGAGUGCACGCUGCGUGUGUGUGUGCAUGCUGCGUGUGUGUGUGCGUAUGCGUGUGCGUGUGCGUGUGCUUGUGCAGUCAUGCAGCAGAGCUCAGUGGCAGCAGGGCGCAGUGGCAGUCAUGCAGCAGAGUG